AUGAUAUUCAUCAAUGAGCGCGGCGGCGGCGGGCCCGGUGGCUUCCAGCCCGCGUCCCGCGGCGGUGGCGAGCAGGAGACGCAGGAGCUGGCCUCGAAGCGACUGGACAUCCAGAACAAGCGCUUCUACCUAGACGUGAAGCAGAAUGCCAAGGGCCGCUUCCUCAAGAUCGCCGAGGUGGGCGCCGGCGGUUCCAAGAGCCGCCUCACACUGUCCAUGGCAGUGGCCGCCGAGUUCCGCGAUUCGUUGGGCGACUUCAUCGAGCACUACGCGCAGCUGGGCCCCAGCAGCCCGGAGCAGCUGGCGGCAGGCGCAGAGGAGGGCGGCGGGCCGCGGCGCGCGCUUAAGAGUGAGUUCCUGGUGCGGGAGAACCGCAAGUACUACCUGGACCUUAAGGAGAACCAGCGCGGCCGCUUCUUGCGCAUCCGCCAGACGGUCAACCGCGGCGGCGGCGGCUUUGGCGCGGGCCCCGGGCCGGGCGGCCUGCAGAGCGGCCAGACCAUCGCGUUACCCGCGCAGGGCCUCAUAGAGUUCCGCGACGCAUUGGCCAAGCUCAUCGAUGACUACGGAGGCGAGGAUGACGAGCUAGCGGGCGGCCCGGGAGGCGGCGCCGGAGGUCCCGGGGGAGGCCUUUACGGGGAGCUCCCCGAGGGAACCUCCAUCACGGUAGACUCCAAGCGCUUCUUCUUCGACGUGGGCUGCAACAAAUAUGGGGUGUUUUUGCGAGUGAGCGAGGUGAAGCCGUCCUACCGCAAUGCCAUCACCGUGCCCUUCAAAGCGUGGGGCAAGUUUGGAGGAGCCUUUUGCCGGUAUGCGGAUGAGAUGAAAGAAAUCCAGGAGCGACAGAGGGAUAAGCUUUAUGAGCGCCGUGGUGGGGGCAGUGGCGGUGGCGAAGAGUCUGAGGGUGAGGAGGUGGAUGAAGAUUGAAACUGGCAGCUCCCCUACAGGCCUCCCCCGACCCCACCAUCAACCAUACCCUUGGCUAGAGAGCUCUCCUUCCUGCUCAUGCCCAAUGAGCUAGUGGAGACAGGAGCAAGGGAGGCCACAGAGGGAAAAAACAAAACAAAAGGUAAAAUAGAGAAAUAACCUUCACGGACAAUUAGAGAAAAACAGUAAAGUUCCAAGGAACUGACAGCAACCUGCAAAGAGAGGACAACAGCAUCUCCUCAUCUGCACAAAAUAGUCUCAGCUUCUGUUGUUUCCCAACUGAGGUUUCUAAAUCCAUCAGAGCAAUCCUGGAGGGGAUAGAUCCUCUCACAUCUGGGCCAAGAAACACAUCUGAGUUAUCCAGAUCCAUUGAUAACAAUUGGAUUUGUGUUGUACCUGGGUAAUCUGUUCUAAAAAAUCUCUCCGGGCCUCACUGUUGCAGUGUUUAUUCCUUCACCUCUGUUGAAAUCAGCAUUUUGAAUCCAGGUCUUUGUGGAACCCUUGAGAAGACGGAGGCCUUUGCAGUUACUGAGUUCUGAGGGUAGAGGCUCAUGAAAAGGAAUACAACUUUAAUCAUGGGCAGGGCAAAAAUGAGUUUAAGAGGCUGUCGGAGAAUACAGUAACAAAUUGGAACUGUCUUCUUUUAAAUGGUUUUGCUUGGAACCUGGACCACUGUCCAUGUCUUUUCUUUGCAGAAUUGUUUUCCAGGAUGCAAAUGGAUUCAGAUAUCAAUGCUCAAACUAGAAGUCAUUACUAAAAAGUUUUAAAGUUGGCAAAAUUUUUCAAAGAUAAAAGUUUUACAUUGGGGAUUGCUGAGGUAGGCACAAGACAAAGUUAGGCAUAAAAGCACAAGGCAAACCGAGUGGAUUGGUUGCUGCUCACUAAAGUUCUUCCUGUAAUCUCUAAAUAUGGAGAUCAUUACCAAGAAAUGGCUUAGGUAUGAAUGAGAGCCAAAUCUCCACUGCGUGAGCCAGUGAAACAUGGCUAAUUCGGCUGUUACAGCCACUGGUUGGCUGGAUUUUAAACCAUAAACUUGAAGAUUAUCUACAAAAGGAACAGUGUGGCUACAAGCCUGAGCUUUAAUGGAAUAUACGUCCUCACAGAAAAGUUGGAAAUAACCAAAACUGAAGUCUUAAUUUACCUUCAGUGAAUCUGUGGAUUUGUUCAAAUACUAAAGAUCCUCAGGUCCAGAAUUCCAGCAUCAUUUAUUCUUUUAAAAUAAAUUUUUAAGAACUUAAUCCGUUGUAUCAGUACCUCACAAUCAGAGUUGGCUAAUGAUGGAUGAGUGAUUCAAGCAGUGCACCUGGUGGAAGCUGAAAUCCAUCUGUGAAUGGAACUGAAGUAAUCGUGAAUAUGCUGACUAUAUCCUGGAAGCAUUUUUAUACCAUCUUGAAAUUUCAACAAACUGGCUUUUGCCAGUUUAUCCAGCUGUCUUUCAAGAAUAAAAGUUGGGGUUUUCAAGGAUCGCCUCUUCUAUAUUUUAAAUGGAUUUUCAGUAGAAAUGAUUUUUACUAAUCAAGUUAAUCCCACCCCCAUCAAAAGGUAUUCCUAGAAAUGUCCUAGACAUAGGUAACUUUGAAUUGAAUGGGAGCUAACCUUCUUUCCAAAGUUUUAAGGUAUUCUUUGUGUAACACCUUCUCAACCAGGAGGCAAGUAACCCCACCUCCAUAAUCUUAGCAUUUUUUUUAACUGCAUGCCUGCCCUUUAUUUGAGCUGCCUUUUUAAUUUAUUGCAUAUCCUUUUUAUUAUCUUAUUUUGGUAUUAUUCAAUCUAUACAAUCUUUUUGUAUUUAUUGGGAAAUGAGUAAUAUACAAAAAGGUUUUCAUGUAUUUGUGGCUGAGAGGGUGGGAAAUAAUUGUGUAUAUAUAAUUAGGCUUUUUUAAAUAAUAGACUAUGAUGCAGAAUAUCAUUGAUCUUAGAUUUAAAAAAAAAAGUGGAAGAGCCACAAACAUUGGUGCCCUUUUCAGACUUUCUCUACUCAUCAUCCACAGUAGAAUUUUUAAACAGAUUUUUUUAAAGCUUUUCUUUUAAAUUUUUCUCCGUUGCAAAGAAUGUUUCCUAAAUUGUAUGGGAGCAAUAGUAUUUUUGAUGUUUUAAUGACAUCCGUAUACUUGUACUGUAUUUUGUACUACAAGGCAGCUGUUUUCAAUAAUGUCCUGCUGUAUUUACCUAUGUGUUCUGAGUGUUUUAUUUCUUUGCUGCGGAGAACAAAUUCCUAAUAGUUUUAGUAAAGGAGCUGAGAAGCUAGCAUUAGGUUUGCAGAAACUGUUUAAGUUUCAAACUCUGAGGCAGCAAUGAAAAUUAAGGUUGCAGCUAUUAGUUGAUUGCUGUAACUUUUUCAUUUUCAAACCAUGUAUAAUUCCUGUAUAGACCAACUUGUUUUUCUUGCUUCAGUGGUGGUUCUUUUGCUCAGCUGCAGUGAGCCAGUUCAAUUUUGCAAAGGUGCAGUACCUCUCCUUUUCAAGGAGUUGGUUUAUUCUUUUUUUCUUUUUGUUUGGCUGAAUUGCAGUAACUAGCCUUGCCUUUCUAUUUUGUAGAAAUGACAGGGUCUUCACAAUCCUUCACCAGUGGCUACCAAGCUAUAAUUAGCUGAAUAGAAAGAAUGUGGAAGUGGUCUGAGGCAUAUAGAGUAUAUGCCAAGAACACUACCAUAUAUGGCAUCAGCUUUGGUUACCAGAGAAAUUUUCUUAGUCAUUAGACCAUAUAACAGUAAUAUAUCAUAUGUAAAUCUUUAGAUGUCAAUUUGAGAAUCCUCCAAAAAAAGGAGCAAAGAAUGCAUAAGCUAUGUGUUGGCAAAAGUAAUUUAUAUUAAAAUUUUGACCUGCCUAUGUAAGAUUAAGUGGUAAAUGUCAUAGUGGUGGGUUUUUAAGUCUUAACCAAUCUCUGAGGUUUGUUCCUCCUGCAGGGGGUGAUUCAUAGUCUCUCCCCACUGCGGGAAGAUUGCAGAAGAAUGUGGAUGAAUUGUAGUAUUUCAUCGAUCCUCAUUCCAAUCACUAGGGACAAUAGAAAUCUGCAAAGCACAGAUUUGUUCAUAAGUAUUAUCUUAUUAAAGGAAAUGGUCUUUGUUAAUUAGAGUCAGAUAAUAGCAUUGUAUGACUAUGGGAAACAACCAAUUUUUUUUGUUUUGUUUCUCAGCAGCUUCUGUGCACGAUUUAGAGCUUGUUUUUUAAGUUUGGCAAACAUCCCAGCUAAUCAAAAUCAUCAUAUUCCUGAGAAGUAGGGAACUAAAACUACUUUUCAAACAAUUGGUGGAGGGUUUGUUUCUCAACUACCAUAGUUACAGAGAUGAGAAGUCAAAUUUUGGGAACAGAAUCAAAUGAGCAAAAAUCUGUGAAGAGAUUACUAUUUCUGGUUUCUAUUGUCCCCAUCUUUUCAGCAAAUGGAAUGGCAGUUAUAGUCAGCAAAUUUUUCAGUGCAUAUGCUGCACAAAACAAAGCAUAAAUUUGUAUGGCACCAAAAAUCAAAGUGAAAACCAAACCAAAAACCCAGACACCCUAUGUAACUAUUGGAGGCAUGUAGGUGGUAUAAAGGACUGUAGCUGUGACACACACAUGGCUACUUGUCACGUCACUUUCCAUAAUUAUUUACUGUGAAAUGAUUGAGAGGCUUUUGGUGCAGGCAGCCAUUAACCUCCUGCUUCCUUUGUUGCCUCUGGAUCACUUUGCAGCAAAUUGCAGGUCUUUUAAUAGAUUCAAGCUUCAGUUUUCUCAAAACAAAACAAUUAUCCUGUCUUACCUGAAAAUAGCAGGGUUGUGGGCAAAAGAGGCUGGUUAUAAUAAUGCCCUCAUAUUGAGUGGUCUAUAAACGGCUGCACACUUCAGGCACUAGUUACUGAAGAUGGUUUGUUAAAUGUGACCUUCACUGGCUUUACAGGGGUGUAGAAUGUAAAUCUACACAAGGUGACUUUGUUUGCAUCUACCUUGCUCUUGAGGUGGAUGAAAUUAGGAGAAGCUGGAGUGUGUAAGCCAUGCACAUAAGAAUUCUUCACUGUAAAUUUUGUUUUCAUUUUUAACCCAAUUAUGGUACUUUGUCCAAUGCACAACUGAUCUCUCAGUAGAUAUUCAUUUGAAAAUAGUGUGGCCUUGAUCAGUGAGAAGGGAAAGGAGAGAAGUGACUUUUUUGCUUAUAUAAAAAUGACUCUUUUGCUGAGAGUUGUCAUUCUGCAGUACUCUUAGUAUAAUGUUUGUGAUGAGUCUCCUUUUUGAUUGGGGAAAGUUAACAUUUUUGACCCUGGAGUUUAGUUCAGUUAUCUUCUGUUUUUAGGAAGUAUCAGAAUUGCUCUGCUGAAUAACAAAGUUAACUGCUUUGAUGUUCAAUCUCAGGUUUUAGAAUAUAGUGGUGUAAAAUCCCACUAUUGUUAAUUCUUAAAACAAUUUUAAUUUAGUACGCCCUAAAAGUCACGUGCAAAAGGCCUGUUCAGAGAGCAGGGCCUCCAUCCUUUUGCUCCUUUUCCACUUUGUACUUCACUUGAAAAAAAUGUCAAGUGAUUUUACAUUGUAUAUUUCCAUUUUAACCCUGAUAUAUUUCUCAAAGAUAAAGCACUUUUUGAUCAUGAAAUACAUAGAAUCUUUGUGUGAUGUGGAUCAUGGUUUCUCAGGCUCCCUUAGAUAAUCUGCUUAUGAGUAUUGUUCUAACUCUGUAAGAAGAGUAGAGAUCUUUGCUAAUGUUAGAAAGUUUGUAUUAUUGAUCCAGAAUGCAUUUUGCUAGUUUCCAAUGGAUGGGAGAGUAAACAAUGCUGCAUUCACAAUUUAAUAUGUUACUUUCCCUAGAGCCUUAAGGUAACUUUCUUUUCUGUUGACAACAGCACUGAAGUUAUAGUAAAUGAAUGAGAUUAUCAGUUUUCAGGGUUGGUUUUAGAGUACUGUAAAUCAAUUAGCUGUCUUCCUAAAGAGUUAACAACUCCAAUUCAAUAUACUGGAUGAUGGGUUGUGUGGGUGGGACUGGGGUGGGUGGGAUAGUUUGUAGAAAAGAAAAAAAAUUUACAUUUAAAAAAAAAAAGAAAGAAAAAAAGUGCAUGUCAUGUGCCCUGUUUGAAAUUCCAGAUGUGAGGUGGAAGCGGCAAAUUAUAACUUCAUUUUUUCCAUUUUUAAUUUAGGCAAAAUAUUAAUUUUCAAAUAUUAGCCCCAGAAGUUUCAAGAGUUGGACUCUUGAAUAGUGAGUUCUAUUGAUAUAGCUGACUUUGCUAUUUAAAGUCUUCUUUCCCAGCCCUCAGCCUUAGAACCUAGUUUCGUUACUGAUGGAUUUAAUAGACUCUUAGACAAAUUUGGUCCAGUUGUCAAUACUGACGGUUAGAUUUGGAAAAUGAAAAAAUAAUAAGAUUACAUCAUGAAGACUUAUUGCCCUGGUAAUUCCCAAUUUAUCUAUACCCCUGAUCCAAGUAAAGCCUUUCUGAAUGUAUUUUAUAUUUCCUAAAGAAAUAGGGAAUAUGCUGUCAGUGUAAUCACCUCUGUUCACAAUCUUUUACUUUGAUUUGAAAAUCUAACUUAAGCCUCUUGAAUUAGACAUUCCAGUUGGGAUUAAGUACAGCCAUGUUAAAACAACAGCAACUGCCAUAUUGGUAGUUUCACUGCUGAGUAGGACUUCUAAUUGAGAGUAGAGCUUUAUUAGAAACUAAAACUUUGUCACUUUUCUCCAUAGAUGUUUCUAACAGUUUGACAAAAGAAAAUAAAUGUACUUUUAAGUAACACAAGAUUCUGAGUCUAGAAGCAAAUUUCAUUUCCACAUGUUAUAUCUAAUAUCCAUUGACAUGGAUUAGAGAGGAAUAAUUAUAUCUUUUUAGCAUGAUGAAAUGUGGACCCAGAGUAGUGGAGAGAAAGCAGUAGACCUACUCAUUGUCCACUAGCAUGUUGCAGAAGGCAUGAGUUUGUCUUUUUUCCUACUGUCAGUUACUCUAAAAUAGCUUACUCUCAAGAAAAUUGAUUUAGACCAUCUCUUGUUCUUAAAGGCAAAAUAUUUCAUCCCCAUCUUUAACCCUGUGUUGCAAGAUUAGGCUAGUUUAAAAAAAUUUUAUAUUUGGAAAUAGAAGGGCAAGUGGUUUAUUUCUUCCCUUUUUAAAUUUCUUUUUUAGAGACACCUGCAGGGAGAGUGGAUUAUGUCAAUAAACACAUGUGGGUUGAAGGACUUUGGGAAUUUGAUUUUGAACUGGUAAGGUAUUAGGCAUAAACCUUUUUCUCCCAGCCCACAUGUCACCCUGUAUAGAAAAGCUCUGGAUUCCUAAAAGUCAAUAGAUAGGGCAAACUGACUUUAAAUCAGUACGGGACAUACUUAGAGUUCGUGCUUUUGCACAUUUUGGUAGCAGGCAAGUAUAUUUGACUUACUUUUGAUAGCAUCAAUAUUUGAAUGCAGUAACUAAGAUUGUCAUUGUGUUUGGACUUCUUUUUUCUGAAGUUCUAAAACAGUUAUAUUAGUAGGGAUUUAUUCUUCCUUUUGGGCCUUCAUGCAGAUGUGUUUCCAAGAUCAUUUUUAAUAAUCCAUCUGUCUUCUGAUAAAUUUCCAGAUAAUACAAUUUCCAGUCUAUAGGAAUCUUCACUGCCAAUCAUAUCUGGCAGUGGCUUCCUUAGAUAACUAGAUUCUUCACUUCCAAAGCUGGAACUGAUGUCCUGCCAGUAGAGAAUCUACAGAAAUAAUUUGAAUGAAUUAAAACCAAAUCUUGAUAGCAGGAGACAGCUUCCUGAUCUAGAUGUACAAUUAGAAGUUAGGUUGGAAAUUACUUUAAAAGGUGUUUGGGGGGAUGUCUUUAAUCUCUGUGUAAAUACCCACAAGCUUAUGCAUUGUAAACCACGUGUGUAUUCCUAUGUAUGAAUUUGUAGAACUGACUUCUGCUUCAAGAGAAGCUGCACCUUUAAUUUUAUAAGGUCCCCUCUACCUGUAACCCUAUAAAUGUUUGUAAAUAGAACACUAAAAUUUGUAGUGAUAGGAUCAAUUUGGGAAUAUCUGCUGAGAGACCAAAAAGUUCAUUUUUUUAAGUACCUUGGUUAAAGAGUAAAGAUUAUUCCUCUUGCUUAUUUUUUAAAAGAAGAAUGCACUUUAACAAACAUAGAGCUGCAUGGGCUAUUCAAACAAAUCCAUAAAGUGCAGUACCCAUUCAGAAAUCACACUUCCUGAAAACCGUACAAAAACAGAGUCCAAAUGGGCUGUUGAUCUCACUGCCUGUAGGUUGAAGCUCAGAUUCUGAUCAAUUUUGAGAGGAGCAGGGCUGCUUCAAAAGAGCAAUAUGAAUACAGCCAGAAGCUUCAGACAGGUCUGUAAAAAUGGCGGGUCCGGUAUUUACCACUAACUAGCAAAACUGACAGAAAAACUCAUAGAGAAUAAAGUUAAGAAUCCUUCCUGCUGGUGUGCACUCCUUACAAUAGACUUUUGGAAAUGGAGUUUUACAGUCUAUAUUUAAAAAAUUGUAUGUUUGUAACAAAUAAAGUAUGCGGAAAAGUGAAUG